CCAGGAUCAACGUUCCCCACCCCUGGCCUAAAGGAAGGAUAUACCCCCUAUCCAUUACAGAGGAGAAGGCCAUGGAGGAAUACAUCAAGGAGGUGCUGGCCCAGGGUUAUAUUCGUACAUCUACAUCCUCUGCUGCUUCGAGUUUCUUCUUUGUGGAGAAAAAGGAUGGAGGUCUAAGACCAUGCAUUGAUUAUCAGGCUCUCAACAAUCUAACAGUGAAGUUCCGGUACCCACUUCCCCUCGUCCCAGCUGCCUUGGAACAUCUCCGUGGUGCCACUAUGUUCACCAAGUUGGACCUGCAAUGCCUGAGGGCUUUCCAACUUUAUCUCAAGGCUGAAAAGUGCUCUUUCCAUCAGCCCUCAGUGCAGUUCCUUGGAUACAACAUCAGCAGCAGUGGCAUCCGGAUGGACGAGGGGAAGGUAAAUGCCAUUAGAGAUUGGCCCACUCCAACCACCAUCAAGGAGUUACAGCGGUUCCUUUGCUUUGCCAACUUCUAUGGACGGUUUAUACAAAACUUCAGUACCACCGGAGUGGGAGCGGUCCAUUUUCAGCAGCAGGGGAUCCCAGUUGCCUCCACCCAUGCACCUUCUUCUCCCGGAAACUCAACCCGGCAGAGGUCAACUAUGAUAUCGGCAACCGGGAAUUGUUGGCCAUCAAGCUGGCCUUGGAAGAAUGGAGGCUUUGGUUGGAGGGACCCAAACACCCCUUUCUGGUCCUCACAGAUAAUAAGAACUUGUAGUAUCUUCGAGUGGCCAAAAGAUUAAAUCCGAGACAAGCACACUGGGUGUAUUCUUCACCCGCUUCCACUUUACCAUCUCAUACCGCCCAGGGGUGAAAAACGUAAAGGCUGAUGCCCUGUCCAGGUGUUAUGCCCCCGAAGAGAAUUCCGAAGAUCCAGAAACCAUUCUCCCAGAAAGAGUCAUCGUCUCUCCUAUUACCUGGUCCGCUGAGAACCUUCCUCCUACAAAUCCUACUACCAACACUCCGCCGGGUUGCCCACCGGGACUUCAAUAUAUUCCCAGGACAAGGCGCACUCUACUCAUUCACUCCGCUCAAACAUCUCUUGGCACUGGUCACCCGGGGGUCAAUGAAACCCUCUCGUUGCUGAUGUGGCCCAACAUGGCCUCGGAUGUCAGGAGGUACGUGAAUGGAUGCACAAGCUGCACCAUAUCCAAAAGCCCUCGCCAUCUUCCAUCAGGCAAGCUCCAUCCUCUGCCCAUUCCCAAUUGCCCGUGGUCACACCUAGGGGUGGAUUUCAUAACCAAUCUUCCUCCUUCAGAUAACAAUAGCUGCAUUCUUGUCAUAGUGGAUAGAUUUUCUAAAUCCUGUUGUUUUCUUCCUCUGAAGGUUCUGCCCACGGCCAUGGAAACGGCCGAACUGUUAUUUAAUCAUGUCUUCAGGUACUUCGGCAUCCCAGAGGAUAUCAUCUCGGACUGAGGCCCCCAGUUAAUCUCCCGGGUAUGGAAGGCUUUCCACUCACUCCUAGGUGUGGCCAUCAGCCUGUCCUCCGGAUACCAUCCCCAGUUGAACGGGCAGACGGAGAGGAAGGUCCAGGAGAUUGGACGCUUCCUCCGUACCUUCUGUCACGGCCACCAGAACUCCUGGAACCAGUUCCUUGGGUGGGCCGAGUACACACAAAACUCCCUUCGUCAACAUACCACCAGACUCACUCCAUUCCAGUGCAUACUUGGCUACCAACCUCCUCUAUUCCCCCGGUCAGGUGAACCCUCGGAUGUCUACGUCAUCGACUACUGGUACGGGAGAGCGAGAGGGUCUGUGACGCGGCACACCACCAACUCCAGGGGGCCUUACGCAGAUGCAGAACGACAGCCGAUCUGAGGCCCCAAUGUACCAACCCGGUCGGAAGGUCUGGCUGUCCACCCGGGACAUCAAUCUGCGCCUGCCCUGUCGCAAGCUAAGUCCCAGAUUCAUUGGCCCAUUCACCAUCCUCCAGCAGAUCAAUCCGGUCACUUACAAACUCCAGUUACCCCCUGAGUACCGGAUUCACCCCACAUUCCAUGUGUCUCUUCUUAAAUCUCACCAUCCUUCUGUCUCUCCCUCCACAGAACCUGUCGAUACCAAAGCCCACCCUCCACUCCUCCUAGACGACGGCACAGCCUAUGCAGGUAGUGACAUCCUGGACUCCCGGCGGCGUGGUGGCAACUGGAAUAUCUAAUGGACUGGGAAGUAUACAGUCCAGAGGAACGUUCCUGGGUCCCACGCAACGAUAUCCUGGAUCCUAACUUACUUGACACCUUCCACUCCAAUCAUCCUGACCGACCAGCUCCCAGGGGAAGAGGACGUCCACCACGUCGUCGGGGUCCUCGGCCCUCAGGAGUGGGCCGUGGGGAGGGGGAUACUGUUCACCUCCCUCCUCUGACGUCUUCACCCUACUCUCACGGAUCCAUUCAUCACUCUACCCAACACUACCUGCUCCUCUGCUUGUGUCUAUUAAUAAACCCAUCUGUAUGUUACUCCUCAGCCUCCCGAGUGAUCUGUAACAA